AUGGAAUUAAAUCAGGUGUUAGAAAAGAAGGAAGAAAUUUCACAGUACUUGGCCAGUCUGGUCGGGCUGCAUGAGAAAGCGUUGUCUGACGUAGACUCUGCUUCCCAAGUUACAAACAUCCGGAAAGACAUCACCAUUUGCCUUAAUGAUUUAUGCAGAGUCAACGAUCUCUUAGUAUCCCAUGAUGGUCUCUUGAAGAGGGAGAUUGCUUCAUUGCUCCACGACAAGCAAGACCUACUAGACUUGAACAAGAGAGAGCGUCUUCUUUGGAAAGAACGGGAAUCGUGGCAUAUCGAGCAAGAAGUAGAUACCGCUCACGUAGACUAUGUUAUCGACAAGAACGCCAUCAUCUCCAUUUCCUCGCAUUACAGGACGUCACUAAACAAAUAUAUCGAGUCAGUGGGGGCAGAAAAUACAACCUUAUCGUCUACGGCUGAUCUGAAUGACAAGAUCGAAGACACACAGAACACGGACUCUUCCGCAGGUCAAAUGCUAUGCAAUUACAAACUGCUGCAGUUAUCUCAUAGGCAAGCCAAAUCGGAAAUAACAAAACUAGAAAACUUAUUAAGAGACUUCAAAAAGGAUGACAAGUUCAUCGAGCAGGAGCUGAAAAGUCAAUCUGGACGAAUACGCUCUGAAAUCGGCAAUAUCGAUUUCCAUUUAUCCAAGAUCGAAGAGUCGAAGGUUCAACUAAUGAAGAAGAUAGGGUUCGAGUCACCUUUAACGCAGGAAAAAUCACUAUCAGAGAGGUUGUUCAACCUGAGAUUGUCAGACACUGAUGAGAAUUACAAUGAAAGGGUGACUAUUAACAAAAAGAAUUUUGUUCAUAUGAAAGACCUCAUCGAAUUGAAAAUUGAUGAUUUGCAAGACCAAUUAACCAAAAACAAAAACGAGUCUUCCGCGUUGGUAGCACAACGUGAUUUAUGGCUCGAUUCUCAAAGAAAAGUGGCGGAUUUGGAGAACGAACUGAUAACUAAGCUCCGGAGUAGCGCAGGUUCUAAGUUAUCGCCCAGUGGUAUGACUGGUAUGAUCAAAUCCACGAUACAAUACCUCAAUGACCUUCUCGAUUCAUCCAAUGAAAAACUCACGACAACUUUAAUAUCCAACGAAAGAGACGUACUCUUCAAAGCUUGUGAGGAGCUGAACACCCAAGGUACUUCGGCCCCUCAGGGCAAUAGCAAUGCAACACCUUCUCGACCUAUUGACAUACGAAAACACAGCAAAGACCCAAAGGAAAAUUCAAGUCUAAGGCAGCCAACACAUCCCCCAUUCUUAGUGGCAAGCAAAUCGCCCCCAAAAAUUGGGAUAUCUGAGAGUAUAAUCAACACUAAUAAAAACGGCGCCAUAUCAAAGAAAGUUGACUAA